AUGGAUGGGGCAAUUUGUAAAUUUGGACAAAUGAGACUUUUACAUCUACUGUAUAUUGUUUAAGACUUCAUUUACAGUGGUAUUUAUUAAAACGUAUUCAUUAGGGUAUUUGGGAAGGUCAUUGACAUACCAACAUAUAUACAAUCACUUCUGGUCUUAGUAUGAUUUUACUUUUGGAAGGAAUAAGAGUUAAAUGAAUUAUCUUAAUGUCUGUUGUAAUAGUAUGAAUUUGCAAGAUAAUUGGUUAAAAACAAUAAGUGAGACGAAUAUUAUGAAACCUUAGGUAGAGUCUUAGCAUAAAUGA